AAUAACUAUCCUUAUAUUAUCUAUUUUGGCUAAUAGUAUACUGAAGAUAUGUCUAACAGAGGUAGAAGUAGAGGUAAAAGAGGUGUUGCUUCUUGUUCAAAGAAACUGAAAGAAGACGAAUUGCACGUUGAAUUUGAUGAUGAUAUGAUAGCGAUGGGUAAACAAAAAAGUAAAUUUGCUUCGUGGUUAGGAUUAACAUUAAGAGCAAGGUUUCCGUAUCAUAUUCCUACGAAAGAAUUUGACAGGCAAAGGUGGGAAAAUCUUUGGUUGGAUGCUAAGGAUUACUGGAAUAUUCCCGACGAUGAGCCAAGGGAGGUUUUCCUUAAAAAAGCUAAGAAAAAUUGUACUAACUGGAGAAGUAAGCUUUAUAGAAAAUACGUAAUGAAAAAUGAAGAACCUUUUGACGAUUAUAAGUUUCUCGAUCGAUCAAAAUGGCCUCUGUUUGUUGCGUCAAAGAGAAAGGCUAAAUUUUUGGAAAAAAGUGCCAAAGCAAGAGCAAGUGCGCUAGAGAACAAAAACUUUCACCGCACCGGACGCACCGGAUAUAGGGGUUUAAAGGACAACUUUGAUGGUAGAUGGAAACAACUUUCGGAAAGAAAUUCUUCUGUUAAAAAGUUACAACAUCAACGUUCUCAAUUGUGGGUUGCGGGCCGAGCAAGUCGAAACAAACAAACUGGCUUGUAUGAAGUUAAUGAUAUACAAGCAAAAGUCGACGCUUUGGGCCAUGCUGAGAGUGAAAUGAAAGCGGAUGGUACGUAUUAUCAAGGGCGGGAAGAUCCAUUAACUAGAUGUUUUGGGCCUGAACGCGGGGGCCAAUCACGGACAGUUUCAUAUGUCAUAGGUUCAACCAAAGUUCAUGGAGGAUUGUAUAAAUGUGGUAGUCAACCAAAUCCGAAUGAUGUGCCUACCACUCAAACAAGAAGUAAUGAGAUGGUGAAUGCGAACCAGGAUGGACAAAGCGUGGACCCAAGCAUGAGUUUUCGUAGUUGUGUGCCGGGUGGAUCAUAUAUGGACUAUCCAGAUAUUCAUGAUAUAUGUAAGUGUGAUCUAUUAUCAGUCGAUGAUUUGCCGAGAGAGAUAACGAUAGCCAAGGGGCAGGCAUAUCCUACUAGAAUUAGGACUUUACAUACGAAACACAUGAAAGACGGUUGUGUGAAAGUACAAGUGGAUACCAUCUUACCAGGUUAUGAGGACAUGGAUGUCCCUUCAGAGACUGCUGAUGAUGAAGUUAAACAUAUGGAUGACACACUUGCUGGUUUUAUCCAAUGGCCAAGAAGUGCUAUAAAGAUUUUGAACAGCGAGGCACCACACAAAUCAAAUAGCGUCUCGAGAAAGGUCCCAGCUUGUGAAAUUGAAACGAACACUUCAGUCUAUAUACCUAAGUUCGUAUCGCCUGAAGUCAAUGAAGAUCAACAACAAAGACCGUCCACCGUUCGUAUCGAUGCAAUUGAUUUUGACGAUUCAGAUGAUUUUGUCGAGUCUCUGUGGGCGAUACCCAUAGUAAAUCAAAUUCUACGACCACAAAAUGAAGAAUCUGAUCAAGAAAAACAAGCCCGAAAAAUAAAGAAUGCUUUGAAUGUAAUAAAAGAAAGACCUGCAUGGGUUCAAGGCAUUGUCAAUGAAUUAGAAAAGCAUGUUGGUAAUUAUCAUUUGAAUCAUGUCCCAAUCGAAUUUUCUAUCCCUGACGGGAUGUAUCCCUACAUCUUAAAAGACUUCAUUGAAAUUGAGGCGUUGUUACAAGUAUUCGCCAACGGCUGGGUUGAUAUCACGAUCAUACAUUGGUUUGCGGCGUUGUUUUAUACGAUGUCAAAUGAUGGUGAAAGAUGCAACCCAUGCGCUUUCUUCGGUCCGAACUCGAUCAACGGUGAGAUGUGCCAACGUAAUCCCGAAGAAGUUAAAGGUCACAUUCUUGGUGUAUAUGAGCUUCAUAUGGACAAACAAUACUUUCUUGCACCAUAUUUAGCCAAUGAUCAUUGGUCCUUGUUUAUCAUUUCUCCUACAAAGAAAGAAGUAUUCAUCUUGGAUUCGUUAAAGGGCAACAAGGACAAAAACAGUUAUCUUCUUCGGAAGUAAUUGAAGAUGUUUUCAAGGGAACAAAGUUCACAUGGAGCAUGGUCGAGUGUAAACAACAAAAUGGCGGAUGGGAGUGCGGAUUCAUGGUGUUGGGAUAUAUGAUGGAGUUUGUCUAUACAUACCAAGAAAAUUUUCCCACGAACAGUUGCUACACAGAAGGACAUCGACCAGUUACUAAGGAUCAUAAUGCCUUGGUUUUUUGUGAAAAUGUUUCCAAAUUGGAGCUAUACUUUUAAAUAGAUUUAGGUGUUAUUACUCUUUAUUUUCUUAGUAUGGAUUUAUAUCUCGUAGAAAUUUAUGUUUGGAUUUGUUAAAUCAAUGUUAUUCAAUCUAGAGUUUCCUUUUGAAUU